GUUCCAGCAACAUACAGAGGACUGUACAAUGAGGGUUGAAGGCAUGUCGAUGGCCACACAGUGGUCGAAUGCAGACAUAAAUGUCGACAUCGCUUUGGCCGCAGGGAACGAUUCUAAUCAAAUGCGAUCCAUAUCUCUCGUGACCAUGGUCUUUCUACCGGGUACUUUCUUCGCUACCUUCUUCUCGAUGACAUUCUUUGACUGGAGCCCCUCUGAGAGCGAGAGUGUCGUCUCCAGCUACAUCUGGAUUUACGUUGCUAUCACGGGUGCUUGUACCUUCCUCACGCUCCUGGCGUGGGGGUAUUUUGUCGGUUUCAGACGACAGAAAGGACAACAGAUUGACUCUGAUGCUAUGGUUUAAGACUUUUCAAGGCAUAGAAAUUAUCAGGGGCCUUAUGUGAGCGAGUACUUUGAUUGCAUAAAAUACUCGGAACAAGGCUCGCAAAAGGUCCACCAAAAACAUGUUGGACAAGAAAAAAGCUAGAUUCGAGUUACAGAUUGGAAAUAAUUUCAUACGUGUAUGGAUAUUGCGUCCG